GUGUGAUGAACGACAGAACCAUGCCCGAGCAUUUCCACAUCAACACCCCGCUGCUGGAGAGCGUCUCCAUGUCCAGACGCGCGGGAACCGCCGUGUACUUGAAGAUGGAGAACUCGCAGCCCUCCGGCUCCUUCAAGAUCCGCGGCAUCGGACACCUGUGUCAGCAGAUGGCUGGGCGUUCGAAGGGAGUCGUCUGCUCCUCAGGUGGUAAUGCAGGUAUGGCUGCAGCCUACGUGGCCAAGAAAAUGGGUUUGCCAGCAACGAUCGUGGUUCCCUCCUCCUCCCCUCAGCUGGUGGUUCAGAAACUUCAAACCCAGGGAGCUACUGUCACAGUCACUGGAAAGGUGUGGGACGAUGCCAACGCUGAAGCUCUCAGACUGGCCGAGGUGGAAGGACUGACCUACGUCCCUCCGUUUGACCACCCUCUGCUCUGGCAGGGCCAUGCAGGUAUCAUGCCGGAGAUUGCAGCCUCCAUGGGACCCAACCUGAAGCCGGGGGCUGUGGUGGUCUCGGUGGGGGGAGGGGGACUCCUGUGUGGCGUUGUCCAGGGCCUGAAGGAGUUGGGGUGGACGGACGUACCCAUCGUCAGCAUGGAGACAGUGGGAGCAGACUGCUUCAACGCCGCAGUGAAGGCAGGGAGGGUGGUCACCCUGGACGACAUCACCAGCGAGGCGAAGUGUCUGGGAGCCAAGAGCGUCUGCAAGACAGCGUUUGAAUACAGCCAGUCCGGUGCGCCGCCCAUCAUAUCUGAGCUGGUCACGGACCGGCAGGCCCUGCAGGCUGUGGAGACCUUCCUAGAUGAGGAGCGUGUGCUGGUGGAGUUAGCGUGUGGAGCAGCCCUCGCUGCCGUCUACAGCGGAGUCAUAUGCAGGCUGCAGCAAGAAGGUCAACUGAAGACUCCUUUGGGCGCCCUUGUGGUGAUAGUGUGUGGUGGCAGCAGCAUCAACAUGGAGCAACUUAAUACCCUCAGGCACAAACUCCAUACUUGAAUAACUCUGGGUGGGUGUGUGUGUGUGUGUGUGUGUGGAUAGUAUUUACUGGCUAAAGCAAAUUGCAGCCAUUUAUGUGACGUAAACGUCCCGGUGAUUCAAUACCUUUUCCUUCUGUGCUUAAUAAGUUGUGGGUCACGGUUAGCUAAGAUGUUGAGCUCCUGUUGUGAUUACAGAGCAGCCAGCAUGUUUCAACUUCCAUUCAUAUUUGAAGUGUCAGGGGCAUCGUGUUAGCCUUAAAUAUUAGAUCUGUAAUUGUUGAUUUAAUAAAGCGUAAAGCACACUAAUCAAUGGAAAUCUUCAAACAUGUAGCUCUACAAGCUAGCUAGCUGUAGCUGGUGCCAAAAAAGUGCGCCAUUCCAGCUCCUCUAACA